AUGCCUCCUGAAGACCUAGAACAGCUGACCCAACAAAUCAGAGACCAACUGGAGGAGUCAAUUACAGAAAAAGUGACUCGAAAGAUGAUGGAAUCCUUCAACCAGAUGCAGUCCCAGUUUCAAUCUCAGAUGCAAUCACAGGGACUUGCACUACCUCCAGAGCCAGAGGUUGCUCCCUCAGGGAACAAUCCAGGGACGGGUGACUCAGAAAAAUGCGGGCUAUAUAUUGAAGAAAAUCCUUCCCGCCUGGCAGCUGUGUCUCCAGCAAAAUCUCUAGAAAGCCUGGAUGAAGAGGUCGACGAUCCCCUGUACCUGAUGACAUUGACCAUCCCACAACUAUUUUUGAAGCCGCUCCAGAGUUCAAAACGAGAUGUUUACCUUGGAGCCUAUCUGAAUGGCGGACACUGGCAAAUGGUCGUCAUUCUGCCUAAGGAAAACCUAGCUGUCUGGUUUUGUUCUUUACAUAACAGGCCAGACAACUACUUUAAGGGAAUAAUUAACAGUGCUUUGAAAGGACUUGAUGAUACUCCACAACCGAAAUCCAAGGCUGCUGCUAGGUGGAUUGUUGUUAAGUGUAAUAAACAAAAAGGAAUCAUUGAAUGUGGCUACUACGUGAUGUACUGGAUGUCCAUGAUAAUCUUAGGAUCUUUCAGGAAUAAUUGGGAGACGUAUUUUAAUGAAGUUAGACCAUUGGAAGCAGAGAGAUUCAAGGCACUUCGCAUACAGUGGGCACAGUAUUAUCUAAAAGUUAGAAAUCAAACAUAGGAUGUUAGGCAACUAUGUAACUUUAGGUUAAUUAAUUAGUUUACGUAUUUUGCAUUACAUUUUUUACAAUUAUUGUUUCAUCUUAACAUUGAACAACCUUUGUUGAUAGCUAGUUUUUUGCUAAAAUCUAUUUGAAAACUGAAUGCAAAUGAUAUAUGUUGUGUGCUGUGUGGUCUGA